UUCUCUUCAUCAGACAUACUAUUACAAAAAGAAACCUGGCAAGGCAAGAUUAUUUACAACCAGAGUCAAAAGAAUAUCCUCCAAGCAUGGUUUGAACAUGACCCUUACCCUGAAAAAGCAAGCAGGAAACAACUGGCCAAGGAAAUUGGCAUUCCAGAAUCUAAAAUUCAGAUUUGGUUUAAAAACCACAGAGCAGGGACUUCCCUGGGGGAUUCAGAGGGAGUAAGAGGAGCCACACGAGACCACACAUCCGUUCCAAGAUCUCAAUCAAACAUUCUAGUUCAAGCCUUCAAGAGGAACCAACUCUUUGAUAUUGCAAACAGGAAAACACGCCAAACAGGCAUUCCAGAAUUGAGAAUUCAAUUUGAGAACAGAGCCAGAAUCGCUUGUCUUAUGAUGUCCACGUCUCCGGUUUUUCUCACGGAGAUGUGGUUUCAGGACCCAAGAUCUCUGUACCCUGGGCAGAGUAGAAGUGAGACUGUGAAUUCCUUGGUAGAUGGCCCAAAUGGGAGACCUGGUCUGACAGCUCAGCAGCACGAAAUUGACCUGUGCACUCUCCCAGGCAGAUCUCAUCAUUUUCCUUCCUCCAGUUCUUUCAGCAGGAACCAACCACUUCUACCUGUUCUUCUCCCAUCCCGCGUAUCCCCUGUCCCUUGUGUGAUCCAAGGACAAAGUGUCAUGAUGCAGCCCAUGCAGGCUGUGCAGAGAGGAGACAACUCUCCCUCUACUCUAACACUUGGGAAUUAUGUGCCAGUACUGCUGACUAUGGGAGGAGACCCAGAUACUCAGUAUCCUUUCUGGCCCCAAUACCAAGAAGAACGCCAGGAUCACCAAGAACAGACUGACAUGGGAGUACUGCAGUUGGAAGACUAUUCUCAGCCUCAAGCUGAGCACAAAAAACAACCACCACAGGAUCUGAGCCAGGUGGACAUAUCUUACUUUCUGCAGUGGUGGGAUGAGUGCUGCCAGGCUCUGACUGCAGAGUGGGAUCCUCAAAAAGGGACCCACUGA